AUGCCUUCUUGGACGCACCUUGUUCGUUUCAUCGCUGUUGAGGACAGUCAGGUUCAUCUUGGCCAAUUGGUCGAUACAACCCGUGAUGUUGGACGUGAUAGUGUCGAUGGAGUGGAGAUCGCCGUCAAGGUCAUUGAGGGUACCAUCUUUGAUGGCCGAGUGACAGACGAAAUUUUGCAUGUAAAGCAGCUGCUUGCGCCCGUCACUCAAGACCAAUGCAGUUAUAUCCGCUGUUUGGGCCUCAACUACAUAGAUCACGCACAGGAAGCCAACUUGCCUCUCCCAAAAGCCCCGAUUCUUUUCACCAAGCCCCGAACUGCCCUCGCGGGUCCUUAUCCCGCUACCAUCAACAUCCCUAAGUGUGCGCAAGAUGGCACCAGUGAUUACGAAGCCGAGUUAUGUCUGGUGAUUGGAAAGACUGGUAGAGAUAUUCCCGAAGAGGAGGCGCUAGACUAUGUUUUGGGAUAUACUGCCUCCAACGAUGUCUCUGCUCGUAAUCUGCAGUUGAUCACCGCGCAAUGGUCUUUCUCCAAAGGUCUUGAUGGAAGCUGUCCUAUCGGUCCCGUCCUUGUGGCAUCAUCUGUGAUCAAUGACCCGCAGGCUCUGUCGAUCAAGGCUAUUCACAACGGCACUACCGUUCAAGAUGGACAAACCAAGGAUAUGAUCUUCCAUAUCAAGAAGCAAAUAUCGUACCUCUCGCAAGGUACCACACUUGAAGCUGGAACACUGUUCUUGACUGGAACUCCUGCUGGCAUUGGAUAUUUCCGAGACCCUAGGGUUGUCCUCCAGGAUGGUGAUGAAAUCUCAGUGAAGAUUGAUCAAAUUGGAACUCUCGUUAACAAGGUUCGGUAUGAGAGUCGUUGA